GCCCCGCGGGGGAAGAUGGAGGCCAUCAAGAAGAAGAUGCAGAUGCUGAAGCUGGACAAGGAGAACGCCUUGGACCGGGCUGAGCAGGCAGAGGCUGAGCAGAAGCAGGCAGAGGAGAGGAGCAAACAGCUGGAGGAUGAGCUGGCGGCCAUGCAGAAGAAGCUGAAGGGGACAGAGGAUGAGCUGGACAAAUACUCAGAGGCCCUGAAAGAUGCCCAGGAGAAGCUGGAGCUGGCUGAGAAGAAGGCAGCAGAUGCUGAGGCAGAAGUUGCAUCCUUGAAUCGCCGUAUCCAGCUGGUAGAGGAGGAGUUGGACCGAGCCCAGGAGCGUCUUGCCACAGCUCUGCAGAAGCUGGAGGAGGCAGAGAAAGCUGCAGAUGAGAGUGAAAGAGGCAUGAAAGUGAUUGAAAACAGAGCCCUGAAGGAUGAAGAGAAGAUGGAACUGCAGGAGAUCCAGCUCAAGGAGGCCAAGCACAUUGCAGAAGAGGCUGACAGGAAAUAUGAGGAGGUUGCCCGGAAACUGGUGAUCAUUGAAGGAGACUUGGAGCGCACUGAGGAGAGGGCUGAGCUUGCAGAGUCUCGUUGCCGGGAAUUGGAUGAACAGAUUCGAUUGAUGGACCAGAAUGUGAAGUGUCUGGCUGUUGCUGAAGAAAAGUACUCUCAAAAAGAGGAUAAAUAUGAAGAGGAGAUCAAGAUCCUGACAGACAAACUUAAAGAGGCGGAGACCCGUGCAGAAUUUGCUGAACGAUCAGUAGCCAAACUGGAGAAGACCAUUGAUGACUUGGAAGAUGAGCUCUAUGCACAGAAACUGAAGUACAAAGCUAUUAGUGAGGAAUUGGACCACGCCCUCAAUGAUAUGACUUCCAUAUAAAUCUGUGAUUCCAAACUCCACUUUGGAUUUGCCUCUGCUUGGUGGCUUGUUCUGCAUCUGCACUCUUCACUAUGCUCUUUCUACUACUCUGAAUUCCAGUGCCCUUGUCCAGUUAGGCUGUAUGCAGGGCAUCCCUGGGAAUAAACACUGAAUGCACUGAAACUCAGGAGCAGUUGUACUGCACUUGACCUCAAACAAAGCUUCCUCUGUAUGACCUAUUGUGCCAGACACUGCUGUGCUCAGAGGGGCUGCUGUUUCAGUAUGUCUGGGUACAGGGGCUGAGUGUAGCAGGGGGUGUUUUGUUCUCAUCUGCAUAUUUCAUGUGAGUCAUAAAGCUCCUUUUGUACUUGCUAUUGCUUGAGCAUGAUGUCACUCAUAAGGAACAACUUGAUGUAUACAUUGAUGAUGAGUGAAAUGGCUGGUGCUGCUGACCCUUGGAUUUCUGGACUUGCUGUCUGUUGGUAACAGUUUGUGUUGCCUCCAGGCCCAUGUAACUCCCCCGUUCAGUGGAAUAUAUAGACGUUGAUGCACAAAGUUCUUCCUUUUGCUGUUUAUGUUCUUGGCUUACAUGUCUGAAUUGCAUAUCUGCAAACAACACAAAGUGCUGAGUGCUCCAAAGGACUGAAUGGUUCCUUGGCAUUGUAGCAGGAAAUCUGAAGCUGCAUUUGUAUCCUGGUCUUGGUAGUUAAUGGGUUUAUCACACCUGAUUCCCCUUUAGGAUGCAGUCAGCAUUGGAGCAAUCAAAUGCUGGCUUACUGUAAAGUCACUACAUACACAUUGUCUGCUUUACCCUGGUCAGUGAUUCACUUGGCUGGAUGUGAAAGUUAACAAACAUAGGAAAGCACAUAUAUGAAUGGACAGGAUUGGUCAGAUGCUAAAACUGUAUCAGUAGCCACACUGAAUUUUACCUGUGUGGAGACAAAGAUCCUGGCUUCUGUAGUGCAAAAUGUCCAUCUGAGGGGUGUAGAAUCUAAUGUAGGAAAUCCAUACAUGCCUUUUGGCCAAAGUGCUUGGACUGCAGAUACAGGGGAGUGUAGUGCUGGGUUCACAGCUCAUGGUAGGAACCAGUCAUGUUGCAUACAGACAUGUCAUUUGACUUGCAUAAAUUACUAGAACUCUUGGAUUAUGAACACUACCCAGGUUGACCUAAUCGUGUCUGUGGCUCACCAAAUCUCCUUUCCUGUUCCUUAAAUUGUUUCACUUUGUCCUGGAAGUCCUGGUGUAAUGUCCAAACAUAACCCUUCAUGAGCCAGAUCUUGGUAACUGAGGCCAUGUACUCUGUAGUUGAGAAGACUUGCCCCAGCCUGCUCUCACUUUACUCUACUCUUCAGCUAUGUAGCCCCUUCCAGUUCACUCAGCUGGCUUACAUCAGCUCCCAGUCAGGAUGGUACCAUUGCAAGGAGCUGUGCAAACACUGUCAGAGUCCCUGCCCUGAAAAGGCUACAAAAGGCUGACUUGUUGGGAUGCAGCUGUAGUGGCUUGAAGUUCUAAGAUGCUGAAGUUUGCAUAUUGCAUCAUAUGAAGACAUUGGUACUUGUAACCUUCAUGGAAGCCACUUUUAGUGUUUCUCAAACACAUUUCCAACCGCCCCAGUGUAAUAAAGCACAAGUAACUAGUCAUCACACUGAAAUCUUUGCCCUUGAAAACAUUCCCCGCUUGUCUGAUGUCACCACUCCUGAAGGGAUGAGGUUCAAAGUGCCAUUGCUUCCUGCCCUUGAACUAAACAUUCUCACUUUGGGCUGGGAGGCCAAGAAACCGCCACUUCCAAUAACUUGUAUUGGAAUCGACAACUCCAAGUAGCUCCCCUGGGGUCUGACUUUCAAUGUAAAUUAAAACCUCCAGGGACUGGGGUGUCAGCAGGCCCCCUCCCAGCUAGUCAUGCUAGAUAACACCUGCCAGUAGUGUUAUGAAUGGGUGCUGCAAUUCCUGACCUGGGAAAGCUUUGUGGCCCAACCAGCUUGGUUGGCACAUGCACAGGCAGGCUGACGUGAGGACUAGACUCAGCAGCUCUCCAGAGCGGUCAGUGGAGAAAAUGACUGAAAGCCACCUGCAAUGCUGGUGAGAGCCUCAAGGCCAUCCUUGCAAGGCUGGGGGUGUUUCAUGCCAGUCUAGCUGAAAUCAUGGGCUCAAGAACAAGUGCUGUCUAGCUGCUGGAUUCUCCUCCCUUGGGUUUGGACAGUAAAUAAAUGUGGGGGAGGAAUCCAUUUGUUCCUCCCUCUGCUCCCCAGUAUGGAGAUGGCUCUGGCAGUCACCUUAAAGCCUUCUCUGGCUCCACCACUCAAGGCCACAGGCAGUUACACUCACACUGGCAUUACAUGUUCAUGCUUUGCUCACCAGGGCACACUCAGACCUCACCAGGGUGACCAGUCUGCCCAACCAAGGGCUGCAGUGGCAGCCUGUCCUGGCAGAGUGGGUCCAGCUCCCCAUCCCAAGAAGGGAGUGUCAAUGUGCUUGGACCUGUAGUCUAGGCUCUAACUAUUAGAGGCCCCCUCUAGAAUACCAUAGCAUUCAGAGCACACAGCCCUGCCCCCAGAAGUCCUGUCAUUGGGCAACUGGCUGUAUUGGUUCCAGGUGUGGAGUCUACAGUGGCUACAAUUAACUAAAACUGGCAGGUUCUUGUGCUACUGCCGUCUGCUGGUCAAAGUGCCUGGAUACUGGGGAUCACUGCAAUGGCUGUCAAGGCCAGAGCCAUCAUGAAACCAUCUCCAUGGUCUUGAUGUCCUAACAUUAGGCUAAAGAUUAACUACCUCAAAGAGCAGUUUGAGGGCAGAGAACACCUGUAAACCCCUAGAACAGUUUCCUCCUAACCUGCCCCACAAAGCAUGUUGCUUGAUUCAGGAGGUGAGCAGAGGAUAGCUUGUGACUUCCCACUGACCCCAGGAUGCUGAAGGAACCUGGAAUUCCAUUCUCUGGGUGGGGUUUCAGUGGGGCUAGGAGGAGCUUGCCAUUGUCAGGCCUGCUGACUUGUCUCUUUGCAAGGGCCACAUUUUAAGGGCCUGCACUUGUACUAGGCUAGCAGCUUCUACUGACCGGUGCACACCUGUGAUAUUUUAAUGGUACAGUGCAGCUGAACAAAACCAUGCCCCCUCCAUCCUUCCUUCCCCCAGCAAGAGGGAGUACUGGGAACACAGGAGUCACUUGAGGCAGUCUAUCAAGAGAUGACUGUCCUGUGUGUGGGGUGGCCGGGUGUUUAAUCAGAGGGACUCUGGAAAGCAGUGAGCAAAGGCUGUUGGGUUACUGGGAAGGGCCUAUGCCUGAGCUGGGCACUCGCUACCCACAGGACCUGUCUGGUGGCUAGCUUGGCUAGUUGUGCUCUGAUAGCACACAGCUCUGGAGCCCACUGGUCUGGUUUUGGAAAGUUGGCAGGCUCCCAUGAAUUGGCUGCUGCUUGAGAAGAUCUGAGACCCUUGCUUGGAGAUUUCCAGCAUCUCUGUCUGUGGUGCUGUUGGGUGCAGGGCUAGCAGGUCUCCCUCACCACUUCUGUGGCAGAUCAUCCUGCUAUUGGUUCUGUGUUCAGCAGCAGGGUCCUGGAAUCCACCUCUGCUCCUCAGUGAGCUUUGAAAGCAGAUGAGGCUUUUGGUCCUGUGUCCAUGUUAUAAACCCAUCAUGAGUUGCUAAGCAUGACUUACUGGCAAGGCAUGGACCGUGACUGCUGUCCUGCAUCCUUUCUAAGGGACACUGGGGAGCUCCCAGUGCCCAUCAAUUUCUGGUCACAUGGCUGCACUGUAAGCUAAUGGGGUUGCCUGAGUGCUAGUCUUGAUCUAGCCAUGUCCUUCCUGAAUUGUUCAGAGUCCAAAGGGUGUAUCCAAAGGCUCUCCUGUUCCUGGGCAUAAAGAACACCCAUCACCCUUCAGGCUUCAUUUUCCAGGAACAAUCCAUCUUCCUUCCUGUGCCUCCAAAGCCCUCAAUAGGACUUCUACUCUGGCCACACUUGGCUUCUACCACAGGCUUUCUGAGCUGAAAAGCAAGUCAGCAGAACUGGUCUCCUGUCUCCAUCCAUAAAAAUAAACUGUGAAUUAUCUUUUAAAUGCCACAUGUUAGGGACAGGUUGUAUGACUUGCUCAUCUUGGUACUCUACUAACCUUCCCUUUCUCUUUUUCUCUCUUCCUCUUGUUUCCCCUAAUCCUCCUGUUGCUGAUGCAGAGGGCCUGUACAG